AUGAACCGGUGGGGGGAGACGAGACGAGACGAAGGGCUGAAGCAAGCCAUGACUGUCUGUUUGUUUACAGUAACGAGGUUAUACGAAGGGCGACGGCGACGGCGACGGCGACGAGAUGAGCUGGAGCAGUAUUUUAUGAUCAAACAAGGCCGUCUUUUCCCCUGUUUCGUGGCUGGCAGCGACCCUGUAGACAGCAGCCUAACCAGCGGCCAGACCAGAGACACCUCAGCUGUUAGUUACAGUUGGACCGUUUUAUAUACGGGGUUUCUUCGCUGCUGGGCGUCUCGUCUCAUCCCCGUCUCUCUCACUUUCAAUAGUGCCCUGUCUAGCUUCCUCCACCCUGAAAAAAAAAAGACCUCCCUUUGGGCCCCUAACGACGGAGUAUCGUCCCUUUUAGAACGGCGUGAAAUCAUCCUCCUCCACACAGCAGCCCGCUCGCUCGCCCGACACGCUUCCUGCUUGCAUCUGGAUAUUAUUCUAGAAUCACCAUAUAAAAUAAAUAUACUGGUUAAAAUACGGGACCGAGACCGACACAGCUUUCUCGAACCCCCAGGAACGAAGGAAGAGAAGAAAAGAAAGACAGCAAGGGAGGGAGGAAAAAAGGGGGUAGAGGUUCAGGUCACAUCUGAUAUCCUUGAACCUCUCUCGUCUCUCUCUCGCUCGCUCGCUCUCUGCUCCCUCCCUCUCCCUCUCUCUCUCUCUCUUUCUUCUGCUCUCUUCGCCAUGUCGGCUCCUACGGGCGUUCGUGGCCUUUUGGCGAAGUUCGAAAACAACAACGUCAGCAACAUAUCGACUUCUCCGCCGUCUCGAGGCCGCUCUCCUGCCGGGUCAGACCACUCCGCCGCUGGCAGGCCGCUGUCCAAGGUCCGCGCUAGCUUCGUCGCCGUCGAACGCAACAUACCAGGCACCUCGGGUUCCCCUAUACUCGGCCUCAAGAGAGUAGGCGAAGCUGGAGAGUCCUUUGGUGCGCCCCCGCGAAGCGUGACAGACGAGAUGGGCAGCCCAAUCGAUAGAAACACCACCCGCACCCCGGUGGACAGUACCUCACCGAGGAAAUGGGGCACCCCCCAGCAGCAGCAGCAACAGCAGAACAGCCUGGACGGGGUUGUCUCGCCUCGAAAGAUCUCUGAUCCGAUUGUGUCAAACGUGGAGCUGGACAAGACUACUGCUGCUGCUGUUGACGGCAAGUCCAAGGCCGGCCUGGGUGCUAUCCUGAAGGGAUCGCCCUUUGAAGACACCAGUGCACCUCCGAGCCCGGCAAAGAGUCGACAGACCGGCAAACAGGCGAAUAAGACAGACGACAAGCCGAAUGGAAAGACGAAAACAGCUACUCCUACCACUGCUAGCGCUACAUCCAAGACUGGCUCACGUCUGGCCAACAGCUCUAGCUCUGCAGACAGCAAGUCCAAAGCUACACCACGGCAGUCAGUGGCAGGUUCCAAGCCAUCCUCUGCUCCCAAGUCUGCCAAAUCUCCUGCUGUGCCAGGUACAACGGCAAAGGAAACCGCACAGUCCCAAACUAUAAGCGCAACCAAGAAGCUCAACAAAGUCCUACAAGAACCAGCAGGCAAAACUCACACUACCAGCACCACCAGCACCACCAACAACAACAACAACGCCGCUGCCAAACUCAAACCCGCUGCUUCAACUCACAAGAACGGCGACCCCAAGUCUCCUACUCGUCCAACCCGCGCUCAUGGCUCCAUGCUCGCUCCCACAGCGGCAUCCACAGCAAAAGCACCCAACUCGUCACCAUCACGUCCAUCCAGCCGGACCAGCGUUCCUGCCAACACUACCAAAGCUCAAGCCCUGAGCCGCAAACCAUCAAGCUUACGUUCUUCCGCCCCUCGAACCACAGGUUCAUCCAAACCUUCUGCUCCGUCCGCCACUACCACCACAACCACAACCACGGUUCGCAAACAAGGUUCCCGUGCCUCCCUUGCACCGCAACAUUCUUCGUCCGCCCAUGACAGGCCGACUUCUCGCGCCAGCGUCCCCAGCUCCAGACCCGUCGAUGACUCUUCCCUGGCAAGGCUAAUACGGCCAACUGCGAGCUCAGCGAGUAAGAGGCAGGAGAAGCUCGAUAUUGCUAGUCCCCCCAGACUUGCUGCCAACAAGGCACACACUACCAAGAAACCAACUGCAGAAAAGACGAAUACGACAACGACGGCAGCAGCUCACACCGGAAGUCCUGCGAGAACCAAGUCGACUAAAUCGUCUGUACGACCUUCUGCUGCACCUGAAGUGGCGCCACCGAAACCUGCUGCUGCUGAGCCGGUACCUGUGAAAGAAGAAAAGCCUGUGGAACCAGUGAAGGACGAGAAAGAUUCUCCCGCCCCUGCUCUUGCUGAAGAUGAGGUUGAAGUUCACUCUCUGCCUGUAGUGGAAGAGACCGAACCUGAAGCUGCGAAAGCAGCAGAGGUAGUGGAGGAGAAGCCAGCAGAGGUUCAAACAGAGGCCAAGCAGGAAGAAGCUAAGCCAAAGGAACCUCAGGCAGAGCCUCAACCUGAAGCUCAGGACGAGGUUAAGACCGAGAAUACUACUUCUACAGAGCCACAGUCAAAGGAGACUGAAGCCGUGAAAACCGAGCCAGAGGAGCCCAAGCCAGAAGAGACCGAGCCACAGGAACCAAAGUCCGAAGAAUCAAAGAAAGACCAACCAAAUCCAGUGGAAUCUGAGCCGGAGCAAAUUCCAGCAAAGAAUGUUGAGCCUACAGCAAUUGAAGCGUAG